AUGGCCAAAUUGAACCGCAAAGCCGCCCAUCUCAUCUGCUUCUGCGAGGCCAGUCUCGCCGGGCAGGCAGCAGAAGCCAUCGGCAGGGGCUACGACCCAGCCGCGGUCUACGACGACCUGGUGGCGAGCAGCCCCGGCACCGACGUCGUGGACGUGGGCUCGGACCUCCACAACAGCGAAGUCAUGAACUCAUUUCUCAACACAGCCGACGCGACGGACACGGGCAUCGUGACCGAAGCAGCGCUGCGCAGCGUCUAUGAUGCCUACGCGGCCGUGCUGGCGCGUUGUCUCACGGAGCGCUGGAUGGAGCCCACGAUCAAACUGAAUUCUUUGCUCUACACUUGGGAGAUUCUGAAUGACCGCCACCACUACCUGAGAAGAAUUGUUCUCGGGUACGCCAAGGUUCGUAAUCCCGAGGAGAGAAUUGGUCAGUGGGAGGCCGAUUUUGAAGAGGUCUUUGACGAGCAGUAUCACACGACCGGUUUCAGCAGACCCCUUGUGAAUGCAUGCGACGGGCUUGACACUUGUUCGGGGGUGAAGGAACUGAUUGCAAAGGCUAGUAGAGAGGACGCUCAUACACGCCAGCUCCUGGCUGAGCUGUGGUCGUAA